AUGCCUGCCGCCACGCGAGCCGCUACCCUGCGGUCUCAGGCACCGAUUCUCAGAUCCUCCCAGCGGUUGUCGACUCGCGCUGGGUUAUAUUCGACCAUCUCAGCUCAAACCUCAGUCCUGUCUCCUAGGUCCUCCCGGGCCAUUAUCCAACCCGCACCUCACACCGUCUCUCAAAUCCUCUCGCCGUUCGCCGCCCUCCCGUUGACACGUUCAUUCCACGUCGCAACCUCCCUUUGGCAACAGCAGCAAUCGCAAAAGCAGGGCGAGGAGAAGCAGAGCGAGGGUGCCAAGUCUGAAUCACAGGGCGAGGAAUCCAAAGAAGAAGGAAAGGAGAAGAAAAAGGAAGAGGCACCUCCUCCGCCACCACCUCACGGAGACAAGUCCCCGUGGCAGGUUUUCCGUGAGACUUUGCAGUCUGAGUUCAAAGCCUCCAAAGAAUGGGAAGAGUCUACCAAGGCGCUGGCAUCCUCAGCCCACCAGUUCACCGAGAACGAGAACGUCAGACGUGCUCGUGCUGCCUAUGACGCUGCCUCGGGAGCUGCUACAAGCAAAACCGGAGCGGCUUUCAAGACCACCGGUAAGGCUCUUGGAAAGGGAGCUGCUUGGACGUGGAACACUUCCGUCGUCAAGGGCGUUCGCAAGGGUGUCAAUGCAACCGGAGAGGGACUCGAGAAGGCCACACGACCUGUUCGUGAGACCGAGGCAUACAAGAGCGUCAAGGAUGCAAUUGAUGAUGGUAGCAGUUCCCGCUACGGUGGUUGGGUUGAAAAGGAGGAGCGCCGCAAGGAGCGACAGCGUCGGGAGGCACAGGAGCUCAAGUCUGGCAAGAUUCGUCACGUUGACCAGAUGAUUGAGGAUCCGAACGCCGGUACCAACGUCACCAUCCACAAGGACGCUGCCUGGAAGGACUCGUGGCGUGAAUUCAAGGACUCCAAUCCCAUGAUGCAGAAGCUCUUCAGCAUGAAGGAAACCUAUAACGAGUCCGAGAACCCCCUUAUCAGCACAGCCCGCAGCAUUUCCGACAAGAUCGGAGGCUUCUUCGCUGAGAACGAGACCGCUCAGGUCAUCAAGAAGUUCCGGGAGAUCGAUCCCAACUUCCAGAUGGAGCCGUUCCUGCGGGAAAUGCGCGAUUACAUGCUCCCCGAAGUCCUCGAUGCCUACGUCAAGGGAGACGUUGAGACUCUGAAGCUUUGGCUCUCGGAUGCUCAGUACCACGUCUACGCUGCCCUUGCCCAACAAUACACCACCGCCGGCCUCAAGUCUGAUGGUCGCAUCCUCGAUAUUCGUGGCGUUGACAUUUCGCAUGCCCGUAUUCUGGACCCGGGUGACAUCCCGGUGUUCGUCGUCACUUGCCGGACCCAGGAAAUCCAUGUUUACCGCAAGGUCAAGACCGGCGAGCUUGCCGCCGGUAUGGAGGACAAGGUUCAGCUAGUCACUUACGCCAUUGGCCUGACCCGUAUUCCCGAUGAGGUCAACAACCCUGAAACUCGGGGUUGGCGAUUGAUCGAGCUGCAGAAGGCCGCGCGCGAUUACAUUUAA